AUGGUAUUUUUGAGUGGUGUGCUUGAGGCGGUGAAAAACACUCAGACAUACAAUGUAGGUAAAAAUACAUUAAAUUCGGUAUGUAACGUAAUUAACACUCAUCUUUGUUCAGGUCACGAUGGUUUCACUAAGCUUCUUCCCAGCCUGACUAGGGAGAUCGGGAGGUACAACACAGAAGUGAGAGACUCCAAUGAGAAAGUUAAGAAGCCCAUUGAAGAGUUGUUGAAUGAGGUGGGUGAUGCAUUUAAAAACAAGGUAAAUGAUUUAUUGUCAGGUCCAAAUGAUCACGAGAAUGUCGACAAAGUCCAGGCGGCGGAGAAGCAAGUGAACGAAACGUUGGCCAAUGACAUAAAAACAUUCACUAAUAAAUUUAAUGUAGCUUUUCAAUUUAAAGAUAAUAAAGUAGAUAAAGCAGAGAUGAAAACCGCGAUAAGGUAUCUAAAUCCCACGUUGCAAGUCAGGGUGAACAGCGCCUUGAAGGCAGUGCACCAUGAGAUUAAGAGGCUGGAAGAGCUGUCGACGAAGGAGCAUAAGAAUUUGGAAGCGACAACGAAUUUGAUUAAUGCUAAACUCACAGAAAUUAAAUGCACCGUAACAGAACAAAUUAAAUUAAAAAUUAAUGAACUUGUUGAGGGUCUGAGAAAUCUCGUCAAGUUCAUGUUGUCUGCCCUUGAGAAAGUCAAGAGUGCGAUGGCCAGCUACAUUGUCAAAUUGGAGACGUGGAUAAAGGAGGCGGACGGGAGUGUAAAACAUUCCAUCAGCGAGGCUGGAGCAAUCGCACAAAAAGCUGUCGGAAAACAACACCAGCAUGAGCUCAAGGUAAAGGCGGAGGCCGAACUGAAAGCCAUUGAGAAAACGCUUGAAAAUUACAUCACCGGUAUGGUAAGUCAAAUAAAUGAUAACGUGACUGCGGCGCUUAAGCAGGUGAUACAAACGGACGAGGCGAUUAAGAAGGAUCUGUACACCGUGAAAGGUAAGAUAAAGGAGGCGGUUAGAGCAUUAGGUAAGACGUUGGAAGGGAAUGUAAAACAAGAUCUGUUUGAUUUGGAAAAACAGGUGAAGAGUGUGUUCGAAACUCUUCCAAAGAGUGCACAAAGCUUUUUCGAGAAAUUUAGUGCGACGAAAGACGCGAUUGACCAAGCCAUCAAGACAGUUGAUGGCGAUCUUGUAAAGCUUCGUCUACUAACAAUUGAUGAGCAAAUCGACAGUCCUUACGGAACUGGCGUUAUAUCAGCCCCCUUGCUCAAGUCUAUUGGACAAGGAACAGCGUUUGACUCUGUUAAGAAAUAUUUUACUGCACUAGAUAAAGAUGUCAUGACACUUUUAAAAAAUGCGAUGCAAAACAUAGGUGGGGGGUUGACGAAGUUUACAAAUGAUGCCGGCGAGAGGUUAUUGACACAAGCUCUUAGGGAUAGGACUCUUAAAUCGGAACUGCUAAACAGACUUACGCUACUUCAUGGCGCCAUUCAUGAAAACAAGCAAGUUCCUAAAAUUGAGGAGGUUAAGAUCGACAAUCUGACGAUUUGUCUUAAAACGAUGAAAAAUCUUUCUCUCAGUAAUUAUGCAACCGCCAUCGAAGCGGUGAGAAAUAAGCUCGAUGGAGAUAGUAUGCCAUCUCAAAAUAUAUCCAAAAAAGAAUUAAACGAUCUUUUAACAACCCUCGGUAAUAUGGCUGAAGCUGUCUCCAACCACGCGAAAAAAGUGGUAGCAGCUGUCAUGGAUACCAUCAAAGAUAAUUUGGAAAGUGAAAUAACGUUGCUGACAGGCGCUGUCGAAUCAAAGGUUGGAAAGAUUCAAGGUGGUAUACGAAAUAUCAAAGAUACUACUGAGAAGUACGGUCUAUCCGACAGCAGCUCACAUGCCGAGGCAAGGGGACUCCAGAUGUUGCUCAACGAUCUGAAAGAUAAUAUACUUAAAGCGAUAAACGGUCUUGAUGCAGCGGUUGCAGAUAAGUUCAAAAAGAAAGUAGCGGUGCCAAGUGGUUCUGCAACUCCUGAUCAAUAUGAAUUUGGUGAAAACUUCAUGCAACGAUUCAACACCACCAACUCGGAUCUCGUAAAGGGAGAACUUAAACAAAAUCAAAAAAAUGUGCUCGACCAGGAGAUCGGCGUGGAUGACUUUCCAGGUGGAGUUGCACCUGAAAAAAUAUCCGCACUUGCUACCAAGAAAUUUAUUCAUUAUGAAGAGCAGGUGCCACAGGAUAGUAUUGUUCUAUCUAGAGAUGACCCAAACAAGCUUCAAGGCAAACUCCCCGAGGCUAUCAGUGCGAUUAAAACCACUGCCUCCGGCAUCACCGUAAAAGGAACGGAAAUAUCGAUGAACAACCUCGCGACUAAAAUAAAAUCCGACCUCGAAGCCCUCCUAGAUGCGUUCGCUGCGACUGGUAAAGUCGUGAAGGAUAAAUUGGUACAGCUGCAGAAGGACAUUGGUAUGGGUACUAAAAAUGAUAAUACACUACAGAAAAUCCACGACAAACUCAGUGAUAUUCUUACCAAAGAUUUUGCGAAAGCCAUCGACGAGGCGAGAAACUUCGACGCAAUUGCUUCCGCAAGAUGUCAAGCAACUGUCGGACUACUCACUGAACACGUGAAUUCCUGUGCUUCGUCCGCAAUGUCGACACUCACUACCCACGCCCACCAUCAAUACGUCCUUUCCCUCAAAGAAGCGCUGACGGCGUUCGCCGACAAGGUGAAAAAAGAACUCCAUCCUAUUCCCGACGCCAUAGAUCGCGAUCUCAAUACCGGGUUGAAAGCGUUAAUGAAGAAGCUGCAGACGAACUUUAUUACAAAAGUUCAAGGUAUUCAGCCACUUAAGAAAAUCUCAGAGAAGCCAUCGUCAGUGGAAAAGUCCGCGCUAAGUCAAGCGUCAAAAUUAUUAAACGACGGCAUACAUUUAUUGGUCCGCGCGUUGAGAGAACAGUUGGACUUCACGGCUGACUACCAGAAACUGAAGCCCACACACGAUGCGUUGUACAAAUUGCUCACUGGCCUGGAAACUUCGGAACACUUUGACGAUAAAUUUACCAAGAAUUUAGAUGCACUCCGAAAUGCCGCUGAAAAGUUCCAUCCUUCCAAGUUUGGCGAAUCCACGACGUCGCAGUCUCAGGUUCUAAGAGACGGAAUCAGUGCGCUGCUCACCGAGCUCGACAAGACGUACGUGAAUAAGUACUCUGGCAUAGUAUACGCCGAAGAGCUGGUGAUGGAGGAGAAAAUACUCACCGAAUACGGGAAGAGGUGCGCCAAAGUUUUUAUUACGAUUCUGAAAUUCUAUUGCGACGAUCUUAACGGGCUGCAGAAGCAUUGUGCGGAGAAGUCAGUGUGGAGGGGACGCCAAAUAUAUGCCUCUACAAACAGCAAAGAGAACGCGCUCGGCGAUUAUUUGAAGAAAUGUGGUUACGUGGUUGCCGACAACGAAAAGUCGAACAACGGUGAGUUGCAACGCUCUCCCCUAAUGAAGGGUGAGCAUAUACUUAACAACCUCGAUGCGGUUAUCCAAAACGCACGAGGCGACGAACAUCUUGCAACGUGUAAACCAAAAGAAAAGCAACAUGGCUUCAGCGUAGCACACAUAAUUACGUGCCUUUUCGAACACGCCAAUGAGUACUUCCGUGUCACCCACCUGCCCAUUUCGUCCGCUGGUAGGCACCCGUCUUCCAUAUAUGACAUGCUUCGCUGGUUAUGUGGUCUGACGUAUCACCCCGUGUAUGACGACUUGUCGUUGAACGCUUUCAGUGACCUGUUCGAGAAAAAGGAAGAACCAGACGCCAACGUGCAAGGUGACGGCAUCCCCGUUAAGGACGAGAAGGAAGAUCUGCUGGAGGCGCACCCGGCAAACAUCACAGCCGUAAAUCUGAGAGAGAUGCUCACCGAAGUAUGUCAUUAUUCGUACGACGUUCUCACUGCCGUGCUUGGUCACGGCCACGCGGGUGGCAUCUACGCCUGCGACUUUAACACUAACCCGGAUAUAUUGUCCUACCCUAGUAACUCCUCUAAAUGUCUCGAUUUGCUAACAGAGAUAUGCCUUCGACUAUUCCAUCAACUGUCGUUCUUAUAUAAGCAGUGUACCUAUCCCACCCAGCUGGGCGGCUGGCUUGACUGCCAUUAUGGCAGGGACGUCGGCGGGUCAAACUGGAUCUGCAACACUAUGCAAUGCCCUAACCAAAACGCUGGGCAAACGCACAACCAAACAUGUGACCAAAAGUGCAACCAAACACCCAAGUGCGGACUAAAAUCGCCACUGCAGUCUUUCUUGGAAGACGGCCUGCCAGGGUUCCUGCCGCACCCGUACGGCAAAUCUGACUGCAAGAUGAAGUGUGAUGCGCCAAACCAUUUCGGCAAGCCGUGCCAAACGCCGAUGGGUUUCGUCGAUAUAUCGAAUCUGGCGUCCAUUAAUGGCACCGGUAAGCGUAUCAAAGACGCCCUGCACCCAUUUUGUGGCAAAGAAAUUAGUCCACUUACCAAAUUGUGCAGUGACUUAGUAUGUCUGCUACAGCGCCCGCCGCAAACUCUCGGUGAUAUGUUCGCCUUUUACUACAAUUUCACCAAUCACUGGACCGUGAGUGGUAACAAGCAUGUGGAAGCAGCAUUCGAUACCGCUGUGAACAACGCAAACUUUGGCGCUACUUAUGAGGAGCUGAAGGUUUACUACAUUUUUUCUGGCAGUCAUUCGGCAGUGUGGAAGGGACAUUCUGCUGGUAGUCUCGGUAGUCUCGUUUGCUCAUCGAAGGAGUCUAUAGAAUGCGGCCCGUAUUUGUGUCCCGUUAGUCAUUUCAUAUACGGUACGUUCUCAUCGAAACACGCCGAUAAAUAUUUGUCGUGGAUUGUCUAUCAGACAACAACUUUCUACGAUCUGCUCAAAAAGUUAUAUGACGAGUGCAAUUCUAAAUGCGGCUCCAGGGGCACCAAUUGUCACGAACGAGCGUGCGUCAAGGAGUGUAGAACUACAUCCACCAAGAAUAAACCGCCACGAUAUCACGAUGCCAAAUGCAAAUCCAUUGUAAAGUGCAAUGCUACGCUUCCGACAUUGGCAAAAUACGGGUUCACGUUUGGGGUUAAAGACAAGCUCAACGGAGAUGAAAGCAUAGAUAAGAAACGCACGUGCAGAGAUUUCUGCAAUGUAUUCCAAGAGGCUUUUAACGAAAACUCACACCUAAUACAACUCAUAAAAGCCAUUGACGAAUUCAUAUUCACCAUCAGGCAGCCGUUUAUAUGGCUUAACGUCGCGCUCUGGUCACUAUCCCUCUUCUACCUCAUCUGCGUAAUGGUUGGCAGGCUGGAUGUGCUCCACAUACGCUCACACCUAAGAUCACCGUCAUCGCACAGGAUUACAGCGCAAUCGCUGUUGGCUGCAGCGCAAGUCGGAAGGCUUGCCAAGAUAUCGUAUCUACAACCGUGA